AUGGCAACGGUUUCUCGCUUUCACCAUCCGCUUCGAACCGCUUUUUGCUUCAACUCGUCUGACAACCCAAAAUUCGAACUGACAUGUGAAAUUCGACAGGCGCCGUUUCCAAAACGGCAGCUGGUCAGCGGGCUCUUUGCUCUUUUCUGCCUGAAGCAACAAAUGACUCACCUUUGGCCAAUAGUUAUCGAUGACAGUUGCGAGGACAGGGUACUUGGUUGCCCAGCGCACGUUGUCGACUGUGAGGCGAGAUCAGUGAGGCCAACUGAAAGCAAAAAAAAUGGCAGCGAUGCUUUCAAUCAAAACGUUCUGGCGUCGCCGCAAGGUCCCGAUCAGGGGAGUCCCGUACCGAACACAAGUGAUCAGUCACCAUGCAAACACAAAACAAGACACGUCAAGCAGCCCGCCGAUGCCGAUAUCGAUACCGAGACCGCUGCCAAAAAGAAGAAGAAGAAGAAGAAGAAGAAGAAGAAGAAGAAGAAGAAGAAGAAGAAGAAGAAGAAGAAGAAGAAGAAGCAGAAGAAGAAGAACGCAAAAGCCAAAGGCGAAAAAAUGCUUUUUCUCUUCUUUUCGAUCUUGUCCGACGAAAAGGCUGUUCACAUGGUUACACAAUAUCACACUUCGGACUCGAAGCAUCCCGAGGCGACACAACGCCUCGACUUGGCCCACGGGAUUCUCCCCCCUCCCAACAUCAAGCAAGCUUUAGUAAGCAUGUAG